AAGGCUCGUGAUUUUAACCCUUUAGGGAAAAAAAGUUAAAGCCUUGAUAUCUGUGCUCAUUGUGAAAUCUAUCCAAAGUUCCACAUUCUUUGGCAUCUGAUACUAUAAUAAAGAAUGUUGCUGAUUUCAAAAAUAUCUCCAUAUGAUUUUAAUCACAGGAAAUGCGCUUUUUUCCAAGCUUCUAGUUCUCUUAAACGGUGAUUCUUGUCCUUUUUUAAAGAGUCUAGGAGAUAUCAUCAAAUGGAUCACAGAAACUUAAGCUGGUCCAUUUGAUUUUGUUAAAUGGGCAUGAAGGGCUGGUUUAGUAUUCUGAAGAGGCUCUUCAUAUGGGACACAAAUUCCACAUCAGAGAAGGAGAAAAGAAGGAAUUGGAUGUUUGAGAGGGUUAAGAAUAAGAGAUUGCCAUCAAUUAAAGCCCCACCACCAUCAAAGGAAACAAUAGUAAGUGAAGCCGAGGAAGAACAUAGCAAACAUGCUUUAACAGUUGCUAUUGCCUCAGCUGCUGCUGCAGAAGCUGCUAUUACAGCAGCUCAGGUUGCUGUUCAGGUUGUUAGGCUCCAAUCAGCUCACCAACAUAAUAAAGAAAAUCAAGAAGAAUUUAAACCUCUUAAAACUACGCAUGAUACUCCUCAUUGCAAACAGCAAUGGCAGAGGAAGAUUGAAGAUUCUUCAGCCAUCAAAAUUCAAACUGCAUUUCGAGGUUACCUAGCAAGGAAAGCUUUGAGGGCAUUGAAGGGAAUAGUGAAGCUUCAAGCUAUCAUUCGUGGCAGAGCUGUGAGACGCCAAGCUAUGAGUACCCUGAAGUGCUUGCAAUCCAUUGUAAGCAUUCAGUCACAAAUGUUUGCAAGGAGGCUACAAAUGGUUGAAGGAAGGUGGGAUUUUGGUGAGCAUGAGGAGAUGCAAGGUUCAAGAGACAAGAUAAUAAGGAUGGACUCAAACAGUCAGAGAAGAUGGGAUGACAGCCUUUUGUUGAAGGAAGAAGUAGAUGCCUCAUGCAUAAGCAAGAAAGAAGCAGCACUUAAGAGAGAAAGAAUAAAAGAUUACUCAUUUAAUCACAGAAGAUCAGCUGAAUCAGAAAGAAAUAAAAUAAAUGGAAGAUGGAGGUACUGGAUGGAGCAGUGGGUAGACACCCAUCUUUGUAAGAGUAAAGAACUUGAAGAUUUAGACUCGGUUUUCAGCUCACAUUAUUCUAGAGAUGGGGAUGAAUGUGGAAGAAGACAACUCAAACUUAGAAAUAUUCAGAGACAAAAUCAUGUUGAAGGGUUAGAUUCUCCAAUAUUUACUUCAAGGAACUCUUUCCUUAAAGGGAGCCAAAACUCAGAGGGAGGAGAAGAUCACUUAUUACCAAGCUCUCCAUCAAUUCCCACAUACAUGGCUGCAACGAAAUCAACACUUGCAAAAGCAAGAUCAGCAAGCUCCCCAAAAGCAAGGACAGGAGGGAAUUUUGACAUGAACUCUGAUAGUUAUUCACCAUGCAAGAAAAAGCUAUCUACUAUGGCUUCUGUUAACAGUGAAGUGCUUAGUAAUGGUAGGAUGGGAAAGCUCAGCUGUAAUCAGCAAAGAUCUCCUAGCUUGAAGGGCAUUUCAAGACCCUUAAAAUCAAGCCACACAGUGAGGGAUCUCAGCAUUAAUUCAGAUUGCUCAGUGCAAAAUUGA